AUGGCCACCGUUCAACGAGGUGCCUCACCACAAAGUCCAUCCAAGCACAUUACGGUGAGUUGUUGGAGUUCAGAGAUUUUUUUGAAAUUUAUGAUUUUAUUAAUAUUUUCUGGAUAA